CGGCGCAUCCAGCUAGACACACAGGCUCAUCGCACGUUGUUGCAGCAACAGCUUUGUGCGAUCUCGAUUCUCACUUGAAAUCGCGAUUUUCCUUCUCGCUGUCGAUUUAGUGCACCUUGACGCAACUUGACAACCGACAUGGCGGGGAACGACAAAUCGAACAUCCUGUACCUGUUCGACCGACCUGCGGAGCCGGUGUACGUGCCCAAGGGAGAAAAGAAAGUCGCUUUCGAUAUACCAUCUAACUACUUGCCUGAAAAUCGACAACCGGUGGCUCCUGAAGUGUUGAACCGUUUCGCGGACGACACCGAUAAGAAAGUCCCGGUGAAGCAGAUUAGUCUGCCGGACUUAAGCGUUCCCCUACAACUUGGACGUCGAGAACCUUUCUCUUUGUUUAUCCCUAAACAUCGGAAAUUAGCCGCCCGGCUCAUCGACAUCUUCAUGGGCAUGCGAACGUACGAGGACUUCCUUUCGGUGUCGGUUUACUGUCGCGAUCGCGUUAAUCCUCAAAUGUUCAUCUAUGCGCUCUCGGUGGCGAUCCUGCAUCGUCCUGAUACCAAGAAUCUACCGAUACCACCGUUGACGGAAGUUUUCCCGGACAAGUACGUCGACAGCGGGAUAUUUGCCAGAGCGAGAGAGGAAGCGAACGUUGCACCAACUGGCUCCAGGCUGCCGAUCGAAAUUCCACGGGACUACACCGCGUCGGACCUCGACGAGGAGCACCGCGUGGCUUACUGGAGAGAAGAUAUCGGGAUCAAUCUUCAUCACUGGCACUGGCAUCUGGUCUAUCCAUUCGAGACCGACAUCAGGAUUGUUAACAAGGAUCGGCGCGGCGAGCUGUUCUACUAUAUGCACCACCAGAUCCAAGCCAGAUACAAUUGCGAGCGUCUGUGCAACCGAUUGGGCCGGGUGAAGCGCUUCCACAAUUGGCGCGAGCCGAUCCCGGAGGGUUACUUCCCCAAGUUGGAUUCUUUGGUGGCCAGUCGCACUUGGCCCGCCCGUCCCGCCGGCGCCAUUCUCAAGGAUAUUAACCGGCCGGUGGAUCAACUCAACUUCGAUCUGCAGGACCUGGAGAGAUGGCGCGAUCGCAUCUACGAGGCUAUUCAUACCGGCUCCAUCAUCAACCCCCGUGGCGAGAGGGUGCCUUUGACCGAGUUCGGAGGUGUGGACGUGCUCGGUAACCUUAUGGAGGCCAGCAUCCUGUCAGUCAAUCCCAAUGUCUACGGGGAUCUUCACAAUCUCGGCCACGUCGCAAUCUCCUAUUGUCACGAUCCUGAUCAUCGUUACUUGGAGACUUUCGGCAUUAUGGGAGAACCGGCCACCGCUAUGAGAGAUCCCGUUUUCUACAGAUAUCACGCUUUCGUCGACGACGUGUUCCUAGAGUUCAAGAAUACACUUCCCGAGUAUACCCUACAGCAGUUGGACUUCCCCGGCGUGGAGAUGACAAAUAUAAGUGUGCAAACCCCGAAUCUGCCGGCGAAUUUAUUGGCGACUUUCUGGACCAAGAGCGACGUCGAUCUGUCUCGCGGCUUGGACUUCACGCCGCGCGGCCCGGUGCUCGCCAGAUUUACCCAUCUCAAUCACACCGACUAUAACUACAAGAUCGUCGCUAACAAUCGCAAUAAUGCGCCGCGCAGAGGCACCGUUCGCAUAUUCAUCGCACCGAGGCAGGACGAGCGCGGGCUGCCGUUCGUGUUCAGGGAUCAGAAGGAACUCAUGAUCGAGAUGGACAAGUUCACCGUAUUACUGAAACCGGGACCAAACACCAUCGAGCGUCGAUCGACGGAGUCUUCGGUGACUAUACCGUUCGAGAGAACGUUCCGCAACCUCGAGGAGAACAGACCGAUCAGCGGUGAUACCUUGGACCAGUACAACUUCUGCGGCUGCGGCUGGCCGCAGCACAUGCUGGUACCUAAGGGGAAGGAGGAGGGAUUCCCGAUGGACCUCUUCAUCAUGAUAUCCGAUUACACCGGUGACGCGGUGGAGCAGGAGGAAUCGGCCGGAUGCAAGGACGCGGUGAGCUUCUGCGGCCUGCGAGACCGCAAGUUUCCGGACGCGCGGUCCAUGGGCUAUCCGUUCGAUCGUAGGCCACGUGCAGGCGUUGAGACCCUGGCCCAAUUCCUCACCGGCAACAUGGCGGUCGCGGAGAUCAACAUCCGCCAUACGGAUACGGUGUUGCCGCGGACGCGUUCCGGAAGCAUGAGCAACACCCUUACCUUCGCCUAAUGAUUGACCGACCGACCGACCGACCGACCGACCGAUCGCGGCGGACCUCUCUCUGCUCGCUCGCUCGCUCGCUCGCGCAUCUCCGGAGAAUCUCAACGACGAACUCUGCCGCAUUCCCGCGAUCCUGUAAUAUCCGUCGGAGAAUCACGACUGAUUGCGUGGAAACGAGAACGCGAGGAGAACGGUCCCAUUUAGUUCAUAUCCUUGGAGAGGGAGAAGGGGAGAGAGAAAGAGCGAACGGGAGCAGGUAAAAAGCCAUCGGUCGGAAAGGGCGGAGAGAAGGGGGGGGGGAGUGAACGAAACGCUAUUUCCAUAUCGCUGAUAUGAUGGAAGAUCCAUCCGUGGGACUUUUAACAUGAUCCUGCUGAAACCUCGACGUGCUGUUUCGCGACGAACAGUCGCGAUUGUCGUCGGAGUCGCGGCCAAAUCUCGCAGGACUCGGAGUGUCAUUCACGACGAAAGCGCCCAGCCGACCCUGUUUCAAUAGAUUUCACGUGUUUAUUGCCGACAGGGAUUUAACAGCCAUUUGUGAAAAUCGCGAAAUUGCAUUUUGCGCGCGAUAUCUGUAUUCAUUAGAGGUAAUUCCAGCGCUACACGGUCCUCGGACACGGUAUGUUAAUUAAGCGUUCGAAUGCGAUUUUUAUUUCAAGCUUGAUGAAUCUCUUGCAAAUUCUGCGUGUCCCAUUAAACAGCCUCGUAAGAAUCGUUAUGUUUACACAGUUGGCGCAUUUAUACGAGCGAUAAGUACUGCUUAACAAAUGUAUUUUCGCGCAAAAACAGGAACACACAGA